CUCCGUUUGAAUUCUGGUUAAAUUUUUUGACCUCCAUAGACCACUUUAUCAACACCCAAACCAAAAUACUGACACAAUCGAAACCCCUGAUUUAUGUAUCAAUAAAGCAGGGAGAGAAUAGGCAUAGUAUUGCAGAAUAUUAAAAGGAGGUUAACUUCAUCGCCAUGGAUCUCUCCCUUUCACCCUCUGUUUCUGACACGGUCUGUGUGCUCUGGGGCUGUGAGCUGAAUGACACCCAGAGAAAGGCAGUGUUUGAAAUAGCGGAGGAUUUGUUGGAGCAUCAGUUCUUUAUCCGAACGAUGUGUCUGAGUGCAGAGGCCAGUAAGGAGAUGCAUGUGGUGGAGGUACAGGACAGAGUUGGGGAAUGCUGCAAGCCAGUGCCCAUUGCCACACUUCACCCUAUGUGCCAACCUAUGGUCAGUUUCAGUGGGUUUGAGCUCAUCCCACCUGUCAUCUUCAACCUUCGCUCUGGGCAGGGCCCCCUUUUCAUUUCUGGACAGCAUUUGACAUUGGUCUAUGAGGAGGGGGAGGAGGAGGAGGAGAAGGAGGAGAAGGAGGAGGGGGAGGAGGAGGAGAAGGAGGGCUUCUAAUCAACACCCCUACUU